CAAGUAUGUAAUGCACAAACAAACCUAAAUAGGUGUAUUAUUGAAUACUUAGUGCUAACGCGAGGUUGUCCCAUGCUGUCGCAUUCAGCGGUGUAUUUUAACCAGUGUUGAACAGCAACACCACAUUACCUUGGAUAUAAAUACGCACUGACAGCAACACACACUGCCUGCAGUUAUUGAAGUGGUUCAUUAUCUUCGGAUUGGUAUAUUGGAUUUUAACAUUUGUUCCUUUCAACUCUAAUUUCAUAACCACCCUAUUUUUCGUAUUGUGUACAAAUAGUGUUGAAGCAGCGAGUCGAUGCCUUUCUGGGGAGACUGUAAUGUGUGGUGCCAGCUGGCGUAACCUAUCCCUGUUACUACCGGGGUAGAUGUGAGGCUGACCAUGCCUGCACGAAUGAUGGACGAGGAGUUUCUGUCGGGUCUAAUGGAGGGAGGGAUGGGGCUCGGACCAGCCUUACCCGUGCACCACAAGCACAACCUGAAACACCGGUUUGAGUUGAUUAAAACUCUCGGAGAAGGUUCCUAUGGGAAGGUUAAACUUGCCGUUGAGAAAUCGACCAAGGAACAGGUGGCCAUCAAGUACAUAAAGAAAGGAAAGAUUAACGAUGAUACCGACCUCAACCGACUCCGCAGAGAAAUCAGGAUCCUGUCAUCACUAAACCACCAAAACAUUGUCAACGUCCGAGAAGUGUUUGAGAACAAGGACCGGAUUAUACUGGUGAUGGAUUGUGCUACUGGCGGGGAACUUUAUGAUUACAUAAACAAUCGAAGUCGACUCUCGGAAGCAGAUGCACGACGCAUCUUCCGACAGAUUGUCUCUGCCAUUCAUUAUUGUCAUCAGAAUGGUAUUGUACACAGAGAUCUGAAACUGGAAAACAUCGUAUUGGACCAGGGGGGUAAUGUCAAGAUUGCAGACUUCGGUUUGUCAAAUUACUUCAGUGAAAACCAACUGCUGUCUACCUACUGUGGAAGCCCCCUGUAUGCCUCCCCUGAAAUUGUCAACGGCAACCCCUACCAUGGCCCUGAGGUGGACUGUUGGAGUCUAGGGGUUGUCCUAUAUACACUUGUGUAUGGUGCCAUGCCAUUCGACAAUUCCGACUUCAAAGUUUUGAGAAAACAGAUUUCCAAUGGAGACUAUUAUGAACCUACAAAUUCUGCAGAAUGUGCUGGCCUGAUUCGCCACUUACUGACUGUGAACCCUGCUAAACGGGCGGAAUUGAAGGACAUCCUGAACCACUGGUGGGUCAAUCUCCACCACAACAUGACCCCGAGUGGGGCACCAUACCCUAACCCUGAUAUCCUCAAGCCAGUCACUCUGCGCCACAACCAGAGUCUGUCAUCAGACAGUGAGGGGGAACUGGAUAUCAAAUCUGCCAAGCCACUGAAGAGCAUCCUUAAAAAGCCUUCCAAUGGAAGUACGAGCAGCAACAACAGUCGGUCAAGUGAGGACCCCUGUGAUACGAUGUGUCGGGAGUCUAAAUGCCAGGGGUCACUGCCAUCGGUGGAGGCGGGGGACACCCAAUGUGCAUACACAGACUGUAUGACCAUGCCAGAACAAGGUCCGGAAGUUUUCUGUUCUUCAGCAGAAGGGGCAGGUAACUCCAGCGAAGAAAUAAAAAAAGUGUUUGAUUCAGAGAAGAAACCUGCUAGGGGAAUUCUCAAAAGGAAAGGUAAAUUUAGCGGAGGAGACAGUGGGUGUGUUCUAAAUGAGAAUGGUGUGAAGAGUCCUGGUGAAUCCGAUGCCAAGGAGAACAGUGCGAUGACAUACAACCUGUCGGACAUUGAUCAGGUUCUACACGGGGGGGAUAAUACUCCCUCCACAUCACAGAUCUGUCGUAACCAGGCUUCAGACUUUGUACACUGUAGUGCUCCACAAACACAAAUAGACAAUGUUGGUGAGCGAGGUGUGACCGUGGUGCCACGUCGAGGCAUUUUGAAGCCACAUGGAAGUACUGAUGCCAGAAAGAGGCUUAGUGCUUGCAGUAUAGGAUCCAAUUCUUCUGCAGAAAUUCUUGACUUUUCGUACGACAGUGGAGAUGAUCAGUAUCUGAAUCUAUCAAAGUUUGGAAUCGUGACAUCGUCUGAUGGUAUUGAUCACCUGGCUAGCUUCAAUGCAGGCCUUGACCCUGGAUGUAGUAACCAUGGUUACAGAACCAAAGGGGAUUCAGGACAUUUUGACCAAGCCAGACCUGACAUUUGCCAAAAUCUUUAACAUGGCUCUAUACAUGGCUAGACUUGUAUGGUGUUAUAUAGAGAUACAGUGUAUAGAUUCCAGUAUGAUAAUCCAUACAUGUUUGUUGACAUGUUUAUGAUGCAUGCAAUUCUUUUGCCACAUAGAAUCUUUGGUUAUUAUUUUAGCAGAGGGAUGGUUCCCUAGGUUACCACAAGGUGCAUGUAUUUGUUUCGGUGCUUAAAUGUAUUAAUUUCGUAACUUAAUAGCAGUAAUAGCUAAUAGCUAUCAUUGGGGUAGCAUUAUAGCAGGUGUCCCUACAACCCCAUAUAGCAGCCAAGACUUAUAAUACAAUUUCUAGUCUAUAUUUAGAUUGGUUAUAUGAUCUGUUGCUCAUCCACGCAAGAAGAACGCAAUGUUUGGUGCUCCGAGAUGAUGGUUCUACCAUGGUGUUUUUUUCAUGAUCUCAUUUUCGAUAGCAGUCCAACUGCAGGAAGCACAUUUUUUUCCCGGAAUUGUUAUGUAGAACAGCGUCUCCACUCUUCAUGGCAGUGAUUUACUACAAUGAAGUACUAGUGGGAUCUACAUCCCAUUAAAAUUUCAAGCUUGCAAGCUUAAAGACACGAGACAUGUGUCUGAAGAGUUGAUUGGUUUAUAUAAUCCACACGAGACUUUGUUCUGCAAAACAGUUCGACAGUAAUGUCUUAUUAUGAAAUAUUUUGACAUUUCUGUUCAUCGCUCAUUGUAUGUAAGCUUUUGUUCAGAAAUUCCUAUUACUGUAAGUAUGUGUGAAUUUUUGUAUUUAUUUAUAAAAGAAAUAUUUACGCUUUAAGUUACAUGUGUGUCUUCUAGUAAGGAACAUAAGUGUACCAGUCAGCAUUUCCAGUAGAAAGCUACUUUGUGUUUGCAUGUAGUUUACAUUAUAUUGUUAUUGUGAUAUUCCCACAAGCCACUUUCAUGAUGCCAAACUUAUAUCAAUGUCUAGUUUAUAUUAAUGUUUAAAACAUAAGUAUGAUAUUUGUAUAUAUAUUUUUUGGCAAAAGUCCCAAAGUCUAAAACACACUAGCACAUUCAUGACACAAAGGAGUCUUUCAAAUAUCCAUUCUACAAAGUCAUUUCAUUUCAUUUGGUAACACACAAAAUAUUCAUUUUCUAAAGAGUUAAAGCAUUUAUAAUUAAAACUUUGAAAUUCUAUAGGAUAUGUACAGUUUACAAAUGCUCAAAUGAUUGAACUGAGUAAUUAUUUGUAACUAGAAAAAGCGUGCACCAAGAUUCUCAAUGUUACAGAAAAAGUAUAUCCAGAGUAUAAGGAAUGCUGUCAAAAUGUGUAAGCAUGUUAGUUGUCUGUGUGUAGCACAGUUUAUAUUUAAUAGUCACUGUGUCACAGUUCACAUCCACUUAACAGUGUCAAUGUACAUGUUUAUCUUAUACAUGAAAUGUCGAGGUCAUCUGUUACUGUAUAUUGACUGUCAAGGUCAGCUGUGACAAUUCAUUGGCAUCAAAGCUCAGUUGUGACCUUUGACUUUCAAAGUCAGCUGGGAAAAUCUAUUAACUGUCAAGGUCAGUCAUGGCAGUUUAUUGACCGUCAAGGUCAGUUGUGAAGCUUUAUUGACUCUCAAUGUCAAUUGUGACGCUGUGACUAUGUAUUCACUGCCAAGGUCAACUGUGACUAUUUAUUGACUGUCAAGGUCAGGUCAGCAGUGACAAUUUACAGACUGUCAAGGUUAGCCAUGACAGUGCACAUUUAGUGGCGUAUCUAAUAUUGACACAGUGUGUAGUGGUAAUUAUAGCUCUUUGUCUUAGUGCUUCCAAAGUAUUUUGUCCUAUGUGAAUUAUACAUGUGUUGUAAAUGUGUGUGUUAUAUGUGAAUGCUGCAGGAGUGUUGUGUAAAUGUGUAAUGUAUGUGUUCUGCAGGUGUGUAUCAAAUCAACUAAAGUGUGUGUGCUUUCACUGAACAGGUAUGACUGAAAUUAAUGAAAGUUGAAUUUUAAAGAAUCAAAAUUAAUCCAACCAAAUAUUGAUAUAAACAUCAUUUUGCAACCCAUUGCAAAUAUUCCAUAGAACAUUUAAAAAAAUCAAAAUUGUCUUCAUAGAACAUACCUGAUGUCCUUUUGUGACUUUGGUUAGUUAUAGCAAUGAUUCUGGAAAAAAACAACUACAUUUUGGAGAGAUUGUUUCAUCCUGAAGUAUGAAUGAGCUUUAUUAUUAUAUUGAGGUCAACAUUUAAAGUUUUGUGCAGUAAUUCCAUAUUAUAUUUGUCCCAAAUAUUUCCCAAAAUUAUUGUAAUUCCUUAAAUGUCAUCUAUCAUUUAAUUUAUUGAUAAGUAAAACUAUCACAAAAUAAAACAAUAAACCUGA